UGCUGUUUGCGGAGGGCUGGCUGCUGGCAGGGCUGCUGCUGGGCAGAUCCACAGAGGACCUGAUGGAGGAGCUGGUAGGGCUUCGUGAAGGCUCCUCAGGGCACCCCGUGACUCUUCCCGAGCUUUGGGGUCCGUGUCCGCGCAUGCGCAGGGGCAUCCGAGGCAGGCUGGAGUGGCUGAAGCAGAAGUUAUUCCAAGUGGGUGAAGACUGGUACUUCCUGAUGGCCCUCGGCGUGCUCAUGGCACUGAUCAGCUAUACCAUGAGCUUCAUCGUCGGACGCGUGGUCGGAGCGCACAAGUGGCUGUACCGGGAGAUCGGGGAAGGUCACCUGCUUCGCUAUCUCUCGUGGACGGUGUACCCCAUGGCACUCGUGUCCUUCUCCUCGGGCUUCUCCCAGAGCAUCACGCCUUUCUCCGGAGGUUCUGGAAUCCCUGAGCUGAAGACCAUCUUGUCAGGGGUGGUCUUGGAGGACUACCUGGAUGUCAAGAACUUUGGGGCCAAGGUGGUGGGCCUCACCUGCACCCUGGCCUGCGGCAGUACCAUCUUCCUGGGCAAAGUGGGCCCCUUCGUGCACCUGUGUGUGAUGAUCGCUGCCUACCUGGGCCGCCUGCGCACCAAGGUCAUCGGGGAAUCCGAGAACAAGAUUCUACAGAACCAGAUGCUGGUGGCAGCUGCGGCGGUGGGUGUGGCCACGGUUUUCGCAGCCCCCUUCAGCGGCGUCCUGUUCAGCAUCGAGGUCAUGUCUUCUCACUUCACCGUCUGGGACUACUGGAGGGGCUUCUUCGCGGCCACCUGUGGGGCCUUCAUGUUCCGCCUCCUGGCUGUCUUCAACAGCGAGCAGGAAACCAUCACCUCUCUCUUCAAGACCAGCUUCCCAGUGGAUGUCCCGUUUGACCUGCCAGAAAUCUUCUUUUUUGUGGCACUGGGGGCCAUCUGUGGUGUCAUGAGCUGUGCCUACCUCUUCUGUCAGAGAACAUUCCUUGGCUUCGUCAAGACCAACCCAGUCACCUCCAAACUUUUGGCUACCAGCAAGCCUCUGUAUUCUGCUCUGGCCGCUCUGGUCCUGGCCUCCAUCACCUACCCCCCUGGCGUGGGUCGAUUCCUGGCUUCUCGGCUGUCCAUGAGGGAGCACCUGCUCACACUGUUUGACAAUAACUCCUGGGCCCUGACGACCCGCAACGUGUCCCCACCCUGGCCUUCGGAGCCCGACCCCCAGAACCUGUGGUUCGAAUGGUACCACCCAAGAUUCACCAUCUUUGGGACCCUCGCCUUCUUCUUGCUUAUGAAGUUCUGGAUGCUGAUUCUGGCUACCACCAUCCCUAUGCCCGCCGGCUACUUCAUGCCCAUAUUCAUCUACGGUGCUGCCAUAGGGCGCCUCUUGGGGGAGGCCCUCUCUGUUGCCUUUCCAGAGGGUAUCUUGGCCGGAGGCGUCAUCAACCCCAUCAUGCCUGGGGGUUACGCCUUGGCAGGGGCGGCCGCCUUCUCUGGGGCCGUGACGCACACCAUCUCCACCGCGCUGCUGGCCUUCGAGCUGACCGGCCAGAUCGUGCAUGCGCUGCCUGUGCUGAUGGCCGUGCUGGCGGCCAAUGCCAUCGCCCAGAGCUGCCAGCCCUCCUUCUAUGACGGCACCAUCAUCGUGAAAAAGCUGCCAUACCUCCCGAGGAUACGGGGCCGCAGCCUCAAGUCUGCGGGCGUGACUGUGGAGCACUUCAUGAACAGAGCCAUCACCGCACUAGCCAAGGACAUGCCACUGGAGGAGGUGGCCAAGGUUGUGACCUCCACCAACACAGCCCAGUACCCGCUGGUGGAGAGUGCAGAGUCCCAGAUGCUGGUGGGCACCGUGCAGAGGGUGCAGUUGAUAAACGCACUACAGACUGAGUCGCCUCCCCGGGCUCUGGGACACCAGCGGUACUUUCGAGACGUCUUGACUGGGGGCUGCCCCAUGGAGCCAGUAACCCUGCAUCUGUCUCCAGAGACCUCCCUGCACCAGGCACACAACCUCUUUGAGCUGCUGAACCUUCAGUCACUCCUUGUGACAUCCCAGGGCAGAGUUGUGGGCUUCGUGUCUUGGGUGGAGCUGAAGAAAGCCAUUUCCAAUGUGGCCAACCCACCGGCCCCCAAGUGAGCCGGCCUGACCAGAAGCAGCAGCAUCCUGUCCCCGAGGGUGAGGCUGGGCGGAACCAGUCUGUCUCCCCUGUCCCAAUACAGCCACCCCUCCUGCCCAGCUCUAACUCAGCACGGAGGAGAUCCCAGCGCUCACCCAGCACAAGUGCUAUGCGUCUUCAGGGAUGAAAUCCACCCUGAGACUAGUUCAGAAAACAAGAAAACAGAUGAUCAUUGUC